UUCGAUAGAUGCGCGUGCGACGGGUGGCCGCGCUUACUACCCGCAAUAGGCAUUAAAAUUACCGCCGGACAGUGUUUAAAUUAAAAGGGGGUCUAGUGUUUGUGAAUGGGACAGUGCUUGUGACUGAACUGUGUUUGUGAAAAUAUCACCAAUAAUUAAUAUGUCAUUGGAGCAUCAAAUACCUCUGAUGAAAAAGACGCAGAUGAAUGGUGAUCACGCCAGCUCUCAGUGCGGUCUGACGUCGCUGCUGCCCAUGUCUUGUCGUGGUCGGGCCGCAGCGUUCGCGCGAGACUUACAAUCCAGACUCCGGAACCUCGGUCCUCCUCAAGAUGUGGAAUGCGAGAAUUCCUGGCUCAACAGAGAGAAUGGCGUACACCGGCCGUCCACGUCGUCACAGCGGGACCUAGAUACCUUCUACGAUUUUGAGCUCGAAUGUGAAAGCCCGUCCAGCCCCGUCGAAGAGUACUCAGCACCUUUUACGGAACGAUUACCUGAAGACUCAGAGCUCCCUUUCUACGAUAUCGACUCCGAAGAACUUAAAGAACAGAAAAAGUUUGUACUGAAGCACCCUGAUAAUGGAAAGAAUGGAUUUAAAUUCACAACAGCUUUCUUCACAGAAUCUCCUAUUAAAGUGCAACCAGCCCCAAAAGAAAAUGGACACGUUGACAAACCAUUGUUUUCGGCAAUUACAUUUGAAGGGUGUGCCAGGCAAAAUAGUUUUGAUGAAGUAGACUGUGUAGUGCCAACAUUGUGUAACUUGGAAAACGACAGGAUACUUGCGCAUAUUAGUUCCACGAUCGACAGUGAUUCUGAGUUUGAGUCUGCAAAGAGCGAGCCUUCAGAUGCAAUCGAAGAUUAUACUGAUUUGGAUAAACGUUCAGAUGAUAACAGCGAAGCUCUAGAAAAUAUCUCUCUCGACGCUGAACUACCUGAAGAAGAGGAAACAAAGGUUGAGCAGGAAUCAGUCAAUUGUGAAUCUAAGGUGGAGAAUGGUAAUCAUGAGACCAACCAAAUUUUAGAAACAGACUGUUUAUCAGCAAAUGAAAACGAACAACAAUCAAAUGAAGAAUCUAAACUCGAGGAGGAAGGUGAAGAUGAUAGGCCACAGAGAGUGAGACGAUGCUCGUCUUUGAAAACUGGAAAAACUCCACCGGGGACGCCAGGCAGGAAAAAAAUUGUGCGAUUUGCAGACGUACUGGGGCUCGAUUUAGCUGAUGUGAAAACAUUUAUGGAUGAGAUUCCUGUAAUUCCUAAGUCUGCUUAUGAUGAUCUGACCGAGUGUGAUGUCCAAAACUCCCCUCCUGCUCGCUCCACUCCAAGAUUUGGUGCUCUGACGCUAGUUCCUCUUUUCCGACUUCCCAAAGAUUUAACAGACAAGCUCGAAAAACAAAAUAUAUGUCUUGAAAGUGCAAGAGUCUCGGAUGGCGUUCACAUUACGAUUUGUGGGUCCGUGCGAGUAAGGAAUUUAGACUUUCACAAGACAGUUCAUGUACGAUACACUAUGAAUCGAUGGAAAACUUAUACAGAUUUACAAGCAAUUUACGUGCAAGGCUCGUGUGAUGGCUAUUCUGAUCGUUUUCAGUUUGUACUCUAUGCUCCCUGUAUAUCGUCAGGACAAAGACUGGAAGUUGCUGUAAGAUUUCAGUGCAAAGGUCAACAGUUUUGGGAUAACAACUGCGGAGCAAACUACUGUUUCGACUGCUUGGCUCUGGGGGCAAUGUUGACUGCAGCGUCGCCUCCUGGCGCCCUUCACCCUACCGUAGACUGGCAUCCUUCUUUCUACUGAUGCGCUUAUAACGGAAUUUGCGAAUAAGAGCGUAAAUGCGUCGACGGCGUCGUGAGAGAAGCGAUGUACCUGUCCUGGCUCGACUGAGAGUGCGCAGGCGGCUCGCAGGGACGCCCGUUGCUAGUCACAUUCCUGUGCCUACUUCCACUGCAAACAGUUCCUACGUGAGAGAACUUGGCGUCCUACGUUAUCGAGGCUUCAGAUGUAAAGCAAUAUUGUGAUAUUCUAUAGACUAGGUGUAGAUUAUAUUGAAACGAGUGUUUCACUCGUACGGAGUGCCAUUUGCAAUAAUUACUGAUUUUGAAGAUUUUUCUCAUAUUAAUUUUGAUAGAUUUACGUCCGCGGGACAAUAAAACGCAAUUAUAAGUAAACCCUAUAGAAGAGUAGAGAAAGCUCGCGAGCUGCCCUCACGUUAUGUAAUGAUGUUUGUAUAUAGGCUGAAAGAUGAUGUAAGAUUAUAUUGAUUCUUUAAUAAUGUUUUAAUGAUACUAUUAGCCUUAAAAAUAAUUAGUGUCAGCGAAGCCUCACACAAAUAGACUUUCACGUUAAUUCUUAGAUAUUUUAAAGUAGACGAGACGAACAAAUGUCUCGAUGUCUAGACGUUUUAUAUUAUUGUUGUAAUAAAAUGUUAUAUAUCAAUACAGAUCAAUUAAAUACUGUUUUCUAUUUUUAUAUAAACAAAUAUAUCAAAAUCUCCAUGACAAUUUAUGUAUUAAUUAUAUGGACUUAUUAAGAAUUGUAUUUGUUUAUUAAAAUUGAGAUUCUAUUUAUCGAGAGACUAUUAGGAAUUAUGAAAUUAAAUUAUUAUUAUUUUUAAGAAAUUAUCGAUAUUUAUAUAACUGUUUUCUUUCUUGUACCUGAAUUCUAUGUGGCCAUUAAUUUUUACGGUUUGGAAUAAAAUUAAUUUGCCGUUGUACUGAUUAAUAAUUAUAAUGAUUGUAAUAAAAUUAUUGACAAUUGUUUCAUCGAUAAACAAUCCUAAUAAACGAAUUUGCAUAAUA